UCUAGCGUGUUGAACGGGAAAGCAGGCGGGAUGGUGCGGGGGAACGAUGAGCUGGUGGAUGAUUUUCCCGAACAGUUCCGCUCCUACUCGGAGAACGAAAAACACUGGCAGGCCCGGCGUACCUUCAUCCUGCGCAACGUCCCGCCAGAGGACGGGGCGGAGCUCUCUGCGCUGCGUGUGGACCAGCUGCUCUCGCUCUCUAUGGUCUGGGCCAAUCAUCUCUUCUUGGGAUGCAGGUACAACAAAGAUCUCCUGGACAAGGUAAUAGAAAUGGCUGAGGGGAUUGAAGUUGAAGAUGCUCCACAUUUUACAACCCGUGAUGAAAUAAUGAAAAAGAAUCAACACUAGGCCCAAGAGAAGAGGUGCUAGAUUUUUACUAUGCUACAUGAUUUACUGAAGUAGAAGACUAAUCUGAAGACUAAAACAAGUUUCACUUCGGACGUGCAUUUUAAAUUGGGGUCUUUUUACACUGAACACUCAUUUUAGGUUUUUAAAAUAUGUAUCUUGAUUCUGAUCGAAGAAGGUAUAGAGAACUUUUGUUCCUUACCCCUUUGACCAUGGGACACAACUUUCUAAAAAUAGGUGUGGGGGUACUGAUGGAACCACGGUUAUUUGGUAAAUGUAGAUAAUUCUUUAUAACAAUCGAAUCUGACUUACAGCCUGGUCCUGUGCAUGUUUGCUCAGGAAUAAAUCAGGAGACUUCAUGGAGUUUGCUUCUAGGUAACUAUGUCUACAAUUGCAGCCAUAAUUGAAUAGGAUGUGGAAACUGUUGGUGCACAUCUUGUACUGCGUAAGUAGAGGGCCCGUCCUAGUCUUAGAUAAAAUGAAAGUUAAGGAUGUGUGAGAAUCUUCUGCGCACCUGCCACUAUGGCUGCCAGAAGCCAUGCAGAUAGCACAAAUGUUAGUGCUGUUAUUUUUUUCUGGAAGGAUGGCGUAAAUGUUAUGUAAAUGUUUAUUUUUUCUCCAUCAUGAUAAUCAAGAUCCUCUAACUACAGAGAAUAACUUAACAUUGAAAAUAUCUUUAAAUUGAAGAUCAUAAGCCUUUUCAACAUUAGAGGGUUCCUUUGCCUUUUGGUAGCUGAAGGGAGGUUUGGCAGGUACAACUCUCAGGUGCUUGCAGACAUGGUGACACAGCAUAGAGAAAUGCAUCUGGUCAGAAUACUAGAUUGGUUUUGCAAAAAAAGAGCACCAAAGACAUUGCUGUAAUAGAUCAUGAUGUUUAGACUCUUUCUUCAUCAUCGGCCCUAGGCCUUGUUUAAAUCAGGAUCUUUCAUAUUGCUUUACCAGGAGAAGAGCAAGUGGAGGUCAUUUUCUUAAAUGAAGAGUACAAGGUGGGAGACUGUAAGGCAUCACUUUGGAACCCCCUCCUGUGCCACUUCCUAACUCCCCCUUCUAGGAUUCUAUAAGCUGUUAAAGAUCUGGAGAAAAAAUGCCCUGCCCCUUAACAGCAGCUUAAUGGGAUUUUAUUUAGCAGGUGAUGUUAUUUACCUCCAUAGUAUGAAAAGCUUCAGCUGCAUACAUUAAGCCUCUGUUAAAGGGGCAGGUUGGUUUUUUCCAGUUUGUUGGCAGAAAGUAUAAAAUCCUACAAGCUUGAGCCAACUGAUUUUCCAUACCUUUCUCCUUCUGUCUCAGCUGCCU